AUGUGCUUGAAAGCCCAUAAGAGAAGCUGCGACUUAUUCUUCUGUAACUUGCUACGUAUGCGAGCGCUAUUUUGUGACAAAAAGUGGUGGCGCCCAGCCUGCGGUAGUCACAAGGGUGAAGUGAUCCGAAAAAGUGAAUCCCAAUUGUAUAUCCUUCGACUCGCGAUUCUUCAGCCCUUUUCAUAUCUCUGGCAACUGAAUCACUUUCAUGGGUUUGGCUUCAGCCAAGCAUUCAAACAAAAGUCGCAAAACAAGCACAAUGAAGAUUCGAUUGAGGAUGUUUGGGAUGUCCUUACCUUUACUAGUCCCUGUUCUCGCUUUCGACCUCAGCCGCCUGUGUUGAGUUGGGACAGCCCUAGGGAUGAUAUAUUCAAACAUUCUGCUCCAUCAUUUAUUUUGAAGUCAACCCCAUUUGCAGACUUUUUUAGGACAACAAAAUCAGUCCACCUUCAAGCUGAAGGUGAAAAGAUUAAGCAACUGGCUUUCGAGGUGCUUAGUUUGAUAAACACCUUGGGACCCGGGUGGGAGCCAUGGAGUAUGUGGCUACAGCGAAAUGAGGAUCUUGUUACUAGUAUUAUGUGGCUUGCUGAAGAUGCCUUGAAAUCGUCAAACAAGUGUAGUGAAGGAGAGAGACUUUGGGCUGUGGGAAUAUUGGCAGCAAUCCUCAAGUACCAACCACCGAAUGUUGAUGGAAUCACAUCCCAUAGAAAAUUCAGCUUUCAUGAUUGGAGUGCUCAAGUCUGGAUUGAGGUAGAGGCAAGUAGAGUUUGGUUGGACAAUAUAUCCAGUAAAGAAGUUCAUACUGGUAAGAGGAAUUCUCACUCUCAAAAAGAUAACUGUGAGACUGAUUCAGUGAUGCAUUCAAAAGAUUUGAAAGAGUGCCUGACAAGAGCACAUAUAUUUGGUGAAGAACUUCAUGGAACACUUGCAAACAAUAUUCUUAUCCCAAGGGCACUAUUGAAGGUUCAACUCCCUGUAUCAGAAGAAGAAUUUGUGGCUUUGGUCAAGUACUUUCAAGGUUCCCUCAAGGAAAUUAAUUUUCUGGAUGGGGAGACAGGUAUUAAUAGUUUAUUUAUCCAUCUACUACAUCACUCACCACAAUUCAAACAAGUGGUAGUGAAGUAUCUUCAAGAUCAUUCAUUUUUUAGGGAUAUAAAUAGACCCGCUGCCCAAUUGGAACUAUCAAUAUUUCUACAAGAGGCAAAGAACUUCAAUAUCAUUGAACCCCAUCUUGGUGAUCAAAUCUUGGCUUGUGCAAAAGGAACAACUUCAUCAGAAUUAUUGCUUGAAACUGUUGACAUCCUGACAAAGAAACUGGAAGAAGCUGCAAUUGUGGAAACCAACAAGCUUAACCACAUAUAUCAAAUUUUGGUUUCUAUGUGCUUCAUUAAUCCAUCUGCAGAAUAUUAUUUCAAGUUAAGAUACAUUGAAAAAGAUGCCAAUGUUCCUUACUUCCUAGCAAAGACAUGGUUUACAUGUGGUGUAAAUUUGAAGGUGUCCAAAGCUGGACUUGGCGACUUUUCUGAUCUGCUAUUAAUACAAAAUCCAAGCUAUCUUCAAGAUGCAAGACGGCAAUUAUCAGCUAUCAAUAUGCAACAGUCAAAAUCACAGCACAUACAGGAGAUGGGAGACUUCCUGAAACGUCUUCCACGAGUUACAGGAAGAGACCAUGUGUUGGAUGAUACUCUAGACAAACAAAUAUCAUAUCAAUAUGAGAAACUGGUGCAUAUACUGAAAUCAACAUUUGACACACCUUCAGUUGAACCAGUUCAAGAGAUGGCCUUUGAGUUUCUUUUCUACUUGAAAGAAUACAAAGCAGAUUGGAGUGUAUUGCUCCUGGAAAGAAUAGAUCAAGUUCAGGAAUUUCAAGAGACUAUCAUGAAUAGUGCAAUAAGUGUUAUCAAACGAGAUCUGGAUAUUUGGAAAGAACAACCUGAAAAAUUUCACUUACCAAGAUCAGAGCUUCAUGGAUUUAUCAAAAGACUUGUAAAUGUAAGUCACAAGAUUUAA